AGCGCGUGCGCACUACGCAACCGGAAAGACUCCGUGGAGGGCCGCGACAUUUAGGGAGCGUCUGCAAAGACCAGGAAAGGAAGCCAGGGGUCGUCUAACAAGACCGCCGCGGGCCGCAGCCAAUUCCAGUCCGCUACGACUUAACGCCCCCCCUUGGGUUAAGAAAUUUCUCCAGCCCACCCAUCAAUCACGGUCCCAGCUGUCCAAUCAGCGGACCAAGGGGGCGGAACAUCGAGGAGCGUCGAGUGACGUCAUCAGGCCUGGCAGUCAGAGGCGUGACGGACGAGGCUCGCGACUUAGGAGCUGUUAGCCGGCGCGGCAGCGGUAGGCGGUGUAAACAGGGCCUCGCCCCUGCGGGUCCUGCGACGGCUCCUGGCUGGUGAGUGACCUCGCGUGGGGCGGUAACCGCCAGACGCCGGGGGAGGUGCUUCUCCACUUUCCCUCCCCCUGUUGUACACACCCCCGGCGCACCACGUGGGUGUGAAGCUAAACUGGAGGGGGUGUUAGGCUGACUUCUAACCUCAUUGGCUGUUGCUGCUGCCGGCCCUCUCAAGAAAUUUCUCUGAUUGGUCAGCAGAGGGGGGCGUCGGGGGUCUGAGUUCUAACGCUUCUGGUUGGUUGUAUGAGAUAAGCUAGUGAAGUGCGUUCUUCCGCAAGGGGUUUUGAUUGGUCAGCCGGAGAGGUUAUCUGGGAUUCCGCCACCCGGGGCCGGGGACUUUGAUAGGAUUGAGGAAGGUUUAUGUUCCCGAAACCUUGGGAGCUGUCAUAGCUAAAGAGAAGGAAAUCUCAGUCUCCUGGAGGGGUCACCCCUCUAAAGAUAGCUUCUGCCCCGUUUCUGGAAACCCUGAUAUUUCUAGAGCAGGAUUUGCUUUCACCAAACCCAAUUUGGAGACAGGAGAAGCCCCUGCACAGGAUAUAAGGAUGCUGUAACCAGAACAUGGGAUCACGGAACAGCAGCAGCGCAGGAUCCGGGUCCUUAGAACCCUCCGAGGGCUUGUCCCGAAGAGGGGCUGGCCUGCGUCGUAGUGAGGAAGAAGAAGAAGAGGAUGAAGAUGUGGAUCUGGCCCAGGUACUGGCCUAUCUCCUCCGCAGAGGCCAAGUGAGGUUGGUGCAAGGUGGAGGUGCAGCAAAUUUACAACUCAUCCAGGCCCUCUCAGACUCAGAGGAAGAGCAUGACAGUGCCUGGGACGGUCGCCUUGGAGAUCGAUACAACCCACCUGUGGAUGCAACCCCUGACACCCGGGAGCUGGAGUACAAUGAGAUCAAAACUCAGGUGGAAUUGGCCACGGGGCGGCUGGGACUCAGGAGGAAUGCUCAGGAGCAUAGCUUCCCUCGAAUGCUACACCAGAGAGAACGGGGCCUCUGCCACCGGGGAAGCUUCUCCCUUGGAGAACAGUCUCGAGUGAUGUCUCACUUCUUGCCCAAUGAUCUAAGCUUCACUGAUACCUACUCUCAGAAGGCUUUCUGUGGCAUCUACAGCAAAGAUGGUCAAAUCUUCAUGUCUGCUUGCCAAGAUCAAACGAUCCGACUGUACGACUGUCGGUAUGGCCGCUUCCACAAGUUUAAAAGCAUCAAGGCCCGGGAUGUAGGCUGGAGUGUCCUGGAUGUGGCCUUCACUCCUGAUGGAAACCACUUCCUGUACUCCAGCUGGUCUGACUACAUUCAUAUCUGCAGCAUCUAUGGGGAAGGAGACACACACACUGCCCUGGAUUUAAGGCCAGAUGAACGUCGCUUUGCUGUCUUUUCCAUUGCUGUCUCCUCAGAUGGACGAGAAGUACUAGGAGGAGCCAAUGAUGGCUGCCUUUAUGUCUUUGACCGAGAACAAAACCGGCGUACUCUUCAGAUUGAGUCUCAUGAGGAUGAUGUGAAUGCAGUGGCCUUUGCUGACAUAAGCUCCCAGAUCCUGUUCUCUGGGGGAGACGAUGCCAUCUGCAAAGUGUGGGACCGACGCACCAUGCGGGAGGAUGACCCCAAGCCUGUGGGGGCACUGGCUGGCCACCAGGAUGGCAUCACCUUCAUUGACAGCAAGGGUGAUGCCCGGUAUCUCAUCUCCAACUCCAAAGAUCAGACCAUUAAGCUUUGGGAUAUCAGACGCUUUUCCAGCCGAGAAGGCAUGGAAGCGUCACGACUGGCUGCCACACAGCAGAACUGGGACUAUCGCUGGCAGCAGGUGCCCAAGAAAGCCUGGAAGAAGUUGAAGCUCCCAGGUGACAGCUCCUUGAUGACCUACAGAGGCCAUGGAGUGCUUCACACUCUGAUCCGAUGCCGAUUCUCCCCAGCCCACAGCACGGGCCAGCAGUUCAUCUAUAGCGGCUGUUCUACUGGCAAAGUGGUUGUAUAUGACCUCUUAAGCGGCCACAUUGUGAAGAAGCUGACCAAUCACAAGGCCUGUGUGCGUGAUGUCAGUUGGCAUCCCUUUGAAGAGAAGAUUGUCAGCAGUUCGUGGGAUGGGAGCCUACGCCUGUGGCAGUACCACCAAGCUGAGUACUUCCAGGAUGACAUGACCGAGUCUGACGUGAACAGAGUCUGUUCCAGUGGCCCUGCUCCGGUGCCCUGCCCAUCUGUGGCCUUUUCCUCACCUCAGUAGAUCUGACCUCCAGUUCUGUAUAGGGUGAAUUCUCAGCAUAUUCUCUGCCUCCUCCUUCCUUUCCCCAUCUGGGGAGUAAGUGGAAGAACUGCUGACACUGGGUAGUGAGAGACAGAAACCCAGAGUCUGGGCCCAGGCUGAGCCUGGACUGCCCACCCCCAAACUGGGCCAAGUGGUUUCCUCAUGCAUUCAUACCCAGUCUGCUUGGAUUUCUAUCUCUAGCCAGAAUGUGGCCGGACAUCCAUUAUCUGGGGUGCAGCUUCUGCCAACAAGAGUCUUGAGUGUUUUAAUCAUGUUCUGAUGUUAGAUAUGGCUCAUAGUGUAGACACGAGGAAUAAAUAGACCCAUUAGCCUUUUGCCCAGGUCUUCACACCAAGAGUUAGAUUGACCAACCAGGGCCCAGUAUACUGGCCUUUCUGAGAUCUUUGAGGGAGUACAGGGUGGGCAGGGAUGUGUUUCCUCUGGGGUGGGAACUGUGUCUGCUCUCAUACUUGGCCUUUGAAGUGAAGAGACUGGUCUGACGUGUGGGUCUCAGAAGCUCCGCAGGGCCCUACUUGCCAUUGGAUCCUGUCUUUGCUGGUGGCCAGCAGCUUCAACAAAAGAGGAUAAAACAGGACUUCUUCCACCUUCUCACUGGCUGUGGCUCUCCCAAUAAACUGUCUGUGGGAAACUGGCUCCCUUUUCUUCUA